UGUAUGUGUAAAUUUAUCUAAUGUCUUUCUGACAACUAUAAUGAAACUCUCUAACUGUAAUGAUAACAUAACCAAUUACCCUUCAUCCUUUGUGUGUUUAUUAGAGUAGUUCAGCACACUCAGCUUAUAGUCCGGAUAGCAUAGUUGCUGUCUCAUUCAUCCACGAGGUGCGAACAGACACCGGUAGACUGCUUCGUCACCUAAUUGAACACCAUGGCGACCCAGAGAUAUCGGCACCUCCUCUGGGUGGUGUGGGUAUUCCUUCUCUUCCAGGGAGCUCAAGGGGUUAGGGGGAAAGAAAACUUUCGACAAAUUGAAAAACGGAUUCUGGACAGCAUCAUAGGUCCGGGAAGAUACGAUUCUCGGAUUCGUCCACACGGAAUCAACAAUACAGACGGCCCGGCACUCGUUCGUGUUAACAUCUACAUCCGUAGUAUUAGCGAAAUUGAUGACGUGCGAAUGGAAUAUAGCGUCCAAUUGACCUUCCGUGAACAAUGGCGAGAUGAGAGAAUGCAAUUUGAUGACAUGGGCGGUCAAGUACGAUACCUAACAUUGACCGAUCCCGAAAAGAUUUGGAAGCCUGAUCUAUUCUUUUCGAAUGAGAAGGAAGGUCAUUUCCAUAACAUCAUUAUGCCCAAUGUGCUAUUACGGAUAUAUCCAAACGGUGACGUUUUGUACAGUAUCAGAAUCUCUCUGGUUCUCUCCUGCCCGAUGGACUUGAAGUUUUAUCCCUUGGACAAACAAACCUGCUCCAUAACAAUGGCCAGUUAUGGCUACACAACAGAAGACUUGGUAUUCCUCUGGAAGGAGGGAGAUCCUGUGCAGGUCACCAAAAAUCUCCACCUGCCUCGAUUUACACUGGAGAGGUUCCUUACCGAUUACUGUACCAGUAGGACAAACACAGGUGAAUAUAGUUGUCUCAAGGUGGAUCUCCUGUUCAAAAGGGAGUUUAGCUACUAUUUAAUACAGAUCUACAUACCUUGUUGCAUGUUAGUUAUUGUGUCAUGGGUGUCCUUCUGGCUGGAUCAGAACGCCAUUCCGGCUCGGGUGUCGUUGGGAGUCACCACCUUGCUUACCAUGGCGACACAGACUUCCGGAAUAAAUGCGUCACUUCCACCAGUAUCAUACACCAAAGCAAUAGAUGUCUGGACGGGCGUCUGUUUAACGUUUGUCUUUGGAGCGCUGCUUGAAUUUGCGUUAGUAAAUUACGCAUCUCGCAGCGACGCACAUCGACAAAACCAGAAACAACAGAGGAAACAGUGGGAGUUAGAACACGCAGCAUUAGAAGCCGAUCACUUAGAGGAUGGUGGAACAACAUUCGCUAUGAAGCCGUUGGUACAUCAUCACGGUGAUAUACAUUCAGAGAAGGUGCGACAAUGUGAAGUUCAUAUGCAAUCUCCAAAGGUGAACCUGUGUAAAGCAUGGCUUUCCAAGUUCCCCUCUCGAUCCAAACGGAUUGAUGUCAUAUCUCGUAUCUUCUUUCCUCUAAUGUUUGCCCUGUUCAAUCUCGUCUAUUGGACAACGUACCUUUUCCGAGAGGAUCGGGACCAAGAAUAGAAUAAAACAUACACCAAAAAAACAAAAGAAAAAAAUAAACCAGAUUAACUACUACUUGUGUAUCAAGCUGCUGGAUGUAUGACGUCAUAUAACCUCGCCCCCGUCUACUACAGAAUUCGAAAAUACACUAAACAUGGACAGAACCGGAAAAUUCCGGAUGAAAAACAAAAUAGUUAGUGGAACUAAGGAAAAAUACAAAGAAUCUCCCGUUUUGAACUCCAAUGUACAGUUAUUGUUUAGAAAUUUAGCAAGAUUUUCCCCCUUUGUAGGCUUAUCAGUACGUCAUGCCUUACGUCAUGUAAACGUAAAAAAAAAACGAAAGUAUAUAUACAAUAUAUACAUAUAUAUCAAAGUGCAAAAUCAUAUUUGCUCAUGUUUCUGGAGUAGUUUGCAUUGGGAAUGAUGAAGCUUUGCGCCUUUGUGAUCUAAUCCGAAAAAAUUACAUUUGGAAUACAUCAAAUAUCUUAAAAAAAUCGUUUGAUAUUCUAGUUUCUUUAGUUGUUAUUACAAUCGAAGGAGUCCAAAAAUGUGCCAAACUGUGCUCAAUCAUGUUAUUCCUUCCUUUUUUAUAAUUCACUGUGAAACUGUAUACAAAAAAAAAGGAAACAAAAAUUGGCUAAAGCCGAAUCAUUCCCAAUAGACAAAAUUGAGAGUUUCUGAGAAAAACUUUUCCCUCGCCUCAUUAAAUGCCAAAGGUUAAAUGCCAAAUUGAUAUUUUCGAUUUACAGCACUAAAAAAAAAACUUAAAAAAAAGAGGGUUGAGUUUUUCUGAUUGUGUUUUUGUUUUUAUUUUCAAACCAUAGAAACUCUACUACUCCAAAAGGGGCUUUGUGUAGUCAUGUAGUAUAGCAUCCUCCGGGCCACAGGAAGGCCUCGAUGACGUGGAGGGACACAGGCCAUGUUUCCAUUCCGAUUAAUUUUUCUCCUUUCUCUUUUCAUUGGCAAUACUGAGGAGUUGUGCUCCAACUCAUCUUUAACAUCAUUCUAAGCAGCUGUGCUGAUCGUUGUGUGACCCUGUCUCUAAAAAAAAUACCUUUAAAAAAAUAAUAAUAAUAAAAUAAUAAUAAUAAUAAUAAUAAUCAAAGAUCUGCGUGGGCAUCACCGGAAGCUGCUUCUAAGAACCGGAAUAGACACUACACGACCCACAAUUUAGUAUUACUUUUUUCAAGUGAGGUUUCUUGUGUUUUACACUAAAGAAUGUGCUACUCAUCUGCCUUGCUCAUAUGAAGAGGUCAAGCGUUUUAUUCUGAUCGUGUCAGACUUUCCCCCAAAUCUUCCCUGAAGUGGAAGGUGGUCAUAACUUUAUAAAUUUAUUAUUAAUUUUCGCGCGCGGGUUUGCUACUAUUUGCCACCACCUUAAGAAACCACAGAAUAUAUAUAUUUGCUUCAUUUAAUUUCCUAUAUUUUUUCGGUUCGCUUCUCCAGUAAUUACCCCCCCUUCCUUGUCCGUUUUGACAAAUGCUGUACAUGAAAUUCGACGAAAUUUCAUGUUUUUUUAUAUACAAAGUAGUCGGCUUCCAACCGAUGCGCCUUGUACGUUGUUUAUUAAAAUAGAAAAAUAAAUAAAA